AUGGGUGCCGUCGUCUCCGGUAACGUGCCGUUGGAAACUCCCGCAUUCAUCUACGACGAGGCGGGCAUUGCCCGGUUGCUGGGGAAGGCGACAGAAAUCCGGGAUGCCAGCGGUUGCCGGUUGCUCUUCGCCGUAAAGUCCUUCUGCUUCCGCGACGUACUGGAGUUGAUGGCCCCGCAUUUGGACGGAUUCGCGGUCAGUUCUCUCUUUGAGGCGAUGCUGGCGCGGUCGGUUCUGGGCGACCGUGGCACAGUGCAUUUCACCGCGCCCGGGCUGCGGCAUCAGGAUGCAGCGGACCUGGGUCAGCUUUGCGAUCACGUUGCAUUUAACUCUGUCAACCAGUGGCGCACGUUUCGGGACACCCUGGGGACGCAGGUCAGUUGCGGCCUGCGAGUGAACCCUGAACUGUCUUUCAUCGGUGAUCCCCGUUAUGACCCGUGCCGGCCCAGUUCCCGGCUGGGCGAGCCGCUGGCGACGGUGGCCGAGGUCCUUGACGAGCCGGAUUCCGUCUCGGGCCUGUUGCUCCACUCCAACUGCGAUGCUACCGACUUCGGCCAGCUGGAAGCAACGGUCGACCGAAUGCGCCGCCGGCUGGGGCGCCGAUUGGAGGACGGCCGGCUGCGGUGGGUCAACCUGGGAGGCGGCUACCUGCUUGAAGAUGAACCCGAUGGCGAGGCCCCUGACAUGACACCGUUGUACCGCACCCUGGAAUUUCUGCAACGGCAAUGCGGCUUGGAGACGAUCAUAGAACCGGGGGCGGCCUUGAUACGCGCGGCCGGCUAUCUCGUAGCCACGGUGUUGGAACUCCAGAUACGGGACGGCCACCGAACGGCGCUCCUGGACACUACGGUGAACCAUAUGCCGGAAGUUUUCGAGUAUCAGUAUGAACCGGACGUCCUGGGACACCGGGACGACGGCGAAUGGGCCUGCACGCUGGCUGGAUGUACCUGCCUCGCCGGAGACGUCUUUGGGGAGUACCGCUUUGACCGUCCCCUGGCGGUGGGGCGACCGGGUGGCGUUUCUCAACAUGGGCGCCUACACCCUCGUCAAGGCCCAUAUGUUUAA